AUGCCUUUCACACCGGCUAAAGUAGAGAAAUGUGUACGCUGUGAUAAAUCUGUUUACGCCGCUGAACGAAUGGAAGCUGGUGGUAAUAUUUGGCAUAAACGUUGUUUUUGCUGUUCAAAAUGUGAUAUGUUACUGAAUUUGAAUAAUUAUAAUCAAAGUGACCGAGUGCUGUAUUGUAAAAAGCACUUCCAAGAAGAAGUUUUGGCGAAGAAUACUCAAACUCCAAUAUAA